CUGUGCGUAAUUGUGUUUACUUUGUUAACUUAACGGUUGUGGACGAGGCCAAUUUCUUCACACAAAGCUCAUGCACGUUUGUGGCCUAAUUCACGGGGUUAUCAGCAGACGAACAUUAAGUGGGCAUUCUGACUACUCACUCAGUCUUUGCGCAUGCCUGACAUUUCUGACCAGGUGAUCGCUUUCGCGCGGGUCGAUUUGUGGGAAGGGUUAAUUUUAGUUCUUUCUAAAUUUAGCUCUAGACAUCACCUGUGAAAGAAUCCACUGCUACUCGUCGCUUGUCCACUUCGGAGCUAAGACGCUGUUGUUUCCCCCUCACAUUUAAUGUUUGUUUAAGUCUAUAGCGAUACAGGCAUUUGGGGUCUUGCCUUCAAAAACAACGACACAAAACAAAUGACUGGGAAUUAAGGAUUUUAUUUCGCCACUAGACCCUUUGAAUUUGUCUUAAUGAAUGUUCAGCUUGUAAUUUUAACCAACAAAGUUUGCUUGUCUGAGAUAGAACCGGGAGACUCGACUGUUAUCUUUAUAGUUUGUACAGCAAAAAUGUUUCGCAGACGUCGUGAAAGCCAAGUGGACUUCAAAUAUCAUUGGAAGAGAAUUAAGACUUUUGUGAAGACGCUUUCCCUUCAGCGACAAAUGAUGGAAAACCUCAUCAUCGCCAAAGCCAGACAAGAUGCUCUUCAAAGGAAGAUGGAGGAACGUCGGCUCAGGUUGCAGGAGGAGGCAAACAGGAGGUUUGUGUCUUCUGGAACUGUGUCGGCAGAGGACCAGGAGCAGCGUUUGCUUUACGCCAACAUUCUAGAAUAUGAGCAAGACCAUGACUGGCCAAAGGUGUGGAAAGCGAACCUGAAGAAGAACCCAGAGGACCCCGCUCUGGUCUCUGGACUGGUCAGCUACAUGCUUGGUUGUCCUGACCACCCGGUGGUGCAGCUGCUGCAUCGCCUGCAGUACCGCAUCUACAACCGCCUGUACCCCAUCAUCAGCAAGACGUGCGGCGGCCCGCCUCCCAGCCCCGCCCUGAGCGUCGACGGCGGUGGUAGGGGUUACGGCAGCAGCUACGGCAGCAGCUACGGCUAUGGCUACACCCCCAUCAAGCCCUCGCGCAGCGCCCACACCCUCCUGCUGCACCACCGCGACGUCAACAAGCCCAGCGGCGGCGGCACCAGCGGCGUCAACCACUCCCUCUCCGACAUGUCCCUGUCCCUCUCCAUGCACGACCACAGCACGCACGACCACGAGCACAGCUCGCACUACGAGACGGACGGCGAGGAGCUCUCGCACUCGCACGGCGGCGGCGGCGGACACCCGGCGCUGGACCGCGACAACUCCUUCGAGGACCUGGAGGAGUACCUGCCGCGCCUGGACUGGGGUCACCCGGCCCAUCAUCUGCACCACCACGACCAUGACCAUGACCAUGACCUUGACCUGACCUCCGAGCUUGCGGGGCACGGACACGGACGGGUGGACGGGGAUGGGGACGCGGAGGCGGAGGCUCACAUUCUGGAGCAGGAGGAACGGGCCAUGAAGGAACACCUCAAGCUCAUCGUCAAGGACAUACACAACGCCAUAGAUCGUCUGUUAUCACUUUGCCUGCUGUCCUUUGAGUGUCUGAACACUGCGAGCGCAAAGGACCUGUGUGUGGCCAGUAUAGAGGAGGCUUUCUUCACCCCGCUCUGGACACCGCUUAUGGCACUCUUCAGGAAGGUGUUCCACAGUCGAGAGCUGGCGUUCGAGCUCAGCAUGCGUCUGUACCAGGACGCGACGCCAGGUGACGUUGGCGUGCCGUCCAAGCUGUACCCGAGCGACCCGUCGUCCUCUGUGAACGCGUACGAGGUGGCCGUGCAGGAACUCAAGAUGGUCUGCAGAGACUGCUGCCCGCAGAGGAAACUUGAGUGCAUCGUAAGAACACUGAGGCUCAUCUGUGCAUGUGCGGAGGAAUACCGGUGUCUCCAUGACGACAACACGCCUCCCAAAACGGCUGCAAUAGGUGCAGAUGACCUGUUGCCCAUCCUGUCCUUUGUGGCUCUGCGUACGGAGCUGCCCCAGCUGGUGUCGGAGUGUGCCGCCCUGGAGGAGUUCAUCCACGAGGGGUACCUAAUAGGCGAGGAGGGCUACUGUCUGACCUCCAUGCAGAGUGCAUUAACCUACGUGGAGUCCCUGCACACCUUGACAACUCCGCUGGCCAACACCAAACUGACUUGACGG